GAUGAUUGACAGCAAGUCCUGCACCACAGUACAGGCAGUGGAACUGAUCAUGAGAAAGGACAGUACAGACUAAGAAAGGCAUGUGUUUCUUCCCCUUUCCCCAGAGCCUUGGGUGCAUCUAUUCAGUUAUCUUCUGUCAUUUAGAUAGAGAGAGGCAUUUCUAGGGCCAACAGAUCUCUCAGAGGAGAAAACCAGGAUGACUUUGAGGCUUACGGUGAAAUAAGAGGAGUACAGGAAGUAAAGAAAAGAAACCAAGCCAAAAGCACAGGGACACUAGAAAGGAGGGGACAAGAAAAAAUUGAAGGUGUCUCCAAACCCCCCACCACUACCACCAAUGAGGUCUUUCCUCCUACAGGACAACGACCACGUGACAAGAUAAUUUGCUCUUCCCAGGAAACAAGCAAAAUGCUUUACAUAUAGGGCUCAGUAAGUAAUACAAAAGAAUGCUGAGAUUAAAUUUUAAAAAAUAAAGCACAACCCCAAGAUGGUAAGAUAAAUGGCAAAAAGAUUUCAAAGGAUGGCUUCUGCUUUCUCAGACACCAUCUGGGUCUGCUUAAGGGAAAGGAGAGUCCAGAAAAUAAUGCACUGCUCUGGCCGUGGUCUUGCUGGGCCAUGUGGGGCUCCCUAUUAACUCAACUGAUGGUUUUAUUCAGUGGCUUAAUGAAACACUGAGGGGCCCUGACAACUCCUGGACUGAUCCAGACCCCUGUUUCUGAUGGACUGAUCCAGACCCCUGUUUCUGAUGGGUUGAAGCAGCAUUUCAAAUGCUGUUACUAAUGCAAUUCACCGUGCAUGAUGAUAAAUUAAUUCACUGGCAACCUUUCCUUUCUCAGAAACAUGAUUCCGGUGACAGAAUUCCGGCAGUUCUCUGAGCAGCAGCCUGCCUUCCGGGUGCUGAAGCCAUGGUGGGACGUGUUCACCGAUUACCUGUCGGUGGCUAUGCUGAUGAUCGGUGUGUUCGGGUGUACUUUACAGGUCAUGCAAGACAAGAUCAUCUGCCUUCCGAAAAGAGUUCCGCCUUCUCAGAACCACUCUGCCAUUUCAAAUGUCUCGCAGGCAGUUGCCAGUACCACCCCGCUGCCUCCACCAAAGCCGUCUCCUGCUAACCCUGUCACUGUGGAAAUGAAGGGACUGAAGACAGAUCUGGACCUUCAGCAGUACAGCUUCAUAAACCAGAUGUGCUAUGAGCGAGCCCUUCACUGGUACGCCAAGUAUUUCCCUUACCUUGUCCUUAUCCAUACCUUGGUCUUCAUGCUCUGCAGCAACUUUUGGUUCAAAUUCCCUGGCUCCAGCUCCAAAAUAGAACAUUUCAUUUCAAUCCUAGGGAAGUGUUUUGACUCUCCCUGGACCACACGGGCUUUGUCUGAAGUUUCUGGGGAGGACUCAGAAGAAAAGGACAACAGGAAGAACAACAUGAGCAGGUCCAACACCAUCCAGUCUGGGCCGGAAGGCAGCCUGGCCAACUCUCAAUCCUUAAAGUCAAUUCCUGAGAAGUUUGUGGUUGACAAGUCGACUGCAGGGGCUCUGGAUAAGAAGGAAGGGGAGCAAGCGAAGGCCUUAUUUGAGAAGGUGAAGAAGUUCAGGCUGCACGUAGAAGAAGGUGAUAUACUAUAUGCUAUGUAUGUCCGCCAGACUGUACUUAAGGUUAUAAAAUUCCUGAUCAUCAUUGCAUAUAAUAGUGCCCUGGUUUCCAAAGUCCAGUUUACCGUGGACUGUAAUGUUGACAUUCAGGACAUGACUGGAUAUAAAAACUUUUCUUGUAAUCACACCAUGGCACACUUGUUCUCAAAACUGUCCUUUUGUUACCUGUGCUUUGUAAGUAUCUACGGACUGACAUGCCUUUAUACCUUGUACUGGCUGUUCUACCGUUCUCUAAGGGAAUACUCUUUCGAGUAUGUCCGGCAGGAGACUGGAAUUGAUGAUAUCCCAGAUGUGAAAAAUGACUUUGCUUUUAUGCUUCAUAUGAUAGAUCAGUAUGACCCUCUGUAUUCUAAGAGGUUUGCAGUGUUCCUGUCUGAAGUGAGUGAAAACAAAUUAAAGCAGCUGAACUUAAACAACGAGUGGACUCCUGACAAACUGAGGCAGAAGCUGCAGACAAAUGCCCAUAACCGACUAGAGUUGCCUCUUAUCAUGCUCUCUGGCCUUCCAGAUACUGUUUUUGAAAUCACAGAGUUGCAAUCUCUAAAACUUGAAAUCAUUAAGAAUGUAAUGAUACCAGCCACCAUUGCACAGCUUGACAAUCUCCAAGAACUCUCUCUACACCAGUGCUCAGUCAAGAUCCACUGUGCGGCGCUGUCUUUCCUGAAAGAAAACCUGAAGGUCUUGAGUGUCAAGUUUGAUGACAUGAGGGAGUUGCCCCCCUGGAUGUAUGGACUCCGGAAUCUGGAAGAGCUCUACCUGGUUGGCUCUCUAAGUCAUGAUAUUUCCAGAAAUAUCACCCUUGAGUCUCUGCGGGAUCUCAAAAGCCUUAAAAUUCUCUCCAUCAAAAGCAAUGUUUCCAAAAUCCCUCAGGCAGUGGCUGAUGUUUCCAGCCACCUCCAGAAGAUGUGCAUACAUAACGAUGGCACCAAGCUGGUGAUGCUCAACAAUUUGAAGAAGAUGACCAAUCUGACAGAGCUGGAGCUAGUCCACUGCGACCUGGAGCGCAUUCCUCACGCCGUGUUCAGCCUGCUUAGCCUCCAGGAAUUGGACCUCAAGGAAAAUAACCUGAAAUCUAUAGAAGAAAUCGUCAGCUUCCAGCACCUGAGAAAACUGACAGUGCUAAAACUGUGGCACAACAGCAUCACCUAUAUCCCAGAGCAUAUAAAGAAACUCACCAGCCUGGAGCGUCUGUCUUUCAGUCACAAUAAAAUAGAGGUGCUGCCUUCCCACCUCUUCCUGUGCAACAAAAUCCGAUACUUGGACUUAUCCUACAAUGACAUUCGAUUUAUCCCACCUGAAAUUGGAGUUCUACAAAGUUUACAGUAUUUUUCCAUCACUUGUAACAAAGUGGAAAGCCUUCCAGACGAACUCUACUUCUGCAAGAAACUUAAAACUCUGAAGAUUGGGAAAAACAACCUAUCAGUACUUUCACCAAAAAUUGGAAAUUUACUGUUUCUUUCCUACUUAGAUGUUAAAGGCAAUCACUUUGAAAUCUUGCCUCCUGAACUGGGUGACUGCCGGGCUCUGAAGCGGGCUGGUUUAGUUGUAGAAGACGCUCUGUUUGAAACUCUGCCUUCUGAUGUCCGGUGA